AUGGCAAGCCUCAUUCGACCCACGAGCCGGCUGUCGACCGCGAACACCACCACAGCUCAGUCAGUUCUGUCCCUACCAACGCAUCUACGAGUAGCAGCGUAUACAGCAGCACAACAGCGAAGAUGGGCAUCCGAAGGCGCUCGCAAACACCCCAAGACCGCCCUCUUCUUCCCAGGUCAAGGCGUCCAACGAGUAGGCAUGACCACGGACUGGCUAGACGCCUUCCCACGCACCGUCAAACCCAUCCUCGAGCAAAUCGACGAAACACUCCAGAUCUCCCUUACCCGCAUCAUCGCCGAGGGUCCCAACAGCAACCUCACCGCGACUGAGAACGCGCAGCCCGCCAUCAUGGCCACGUCGAUCAUGAUCCUGCGCGUUCUGGAGCAAGAAUUCGGCUUUAAAACCAACGAGCGCAUUGACCUCUGCCUCGGACAUUCGUUGGGCGAGUUCGCUGCGCUGGUAGCAGGGGGAUAUCUGCGGGAAGCGGAUUCAUUGCGCAUGGUGCGGAAGCGAGCGGAGGUGAUGGCGAAAUGCUCCCGCGACGUGGGAGAAGAAGUCGGGAUGGUAGCCUUGGUCUGCGAGUCUGAUCACUUGGGUCCGAUGGUUGAGUCGAUCCGGGAGUUUCUGGGCAUGCAUUCUGAGGGAUCGAAGAGUGAUAGCCACGGUGACACGGACCUGCCGCCUGUCCAACAGGUACUGAUCGCGAACGUGAAUGCGAAGAACCAAAUCGUGCUGUCGGGGAGUAUCCGCCGGAUCAAUGAGCUUUUGACGCAUUUGCGGCAGUUUGCUGGUCAUGAUCCGAGGGCUGUGCGGUUGAAGAGCGAUAGUCCGUUUCACUCGCCUCUGAUGGCACCGGCGGCCGACAUGAUGAAGAAGCUGCUCUCCCAACCCUCGACAGUGGACAAAGGGGAGGACAUGGUCACGUGGCCUGGCUCAAUGCCGUGCAUUUCGAACGUUUCAGCGCGGCCGUUCGAGAGCAAGCAGCAGCUCAAGGAUCUACUGGCGCGGCAGUGCGUGGAGACGGUGCUGUGGCAUGAUAGUAUUGUCUACCUGCAUCGGGAGGAGAAGGUGAGGAGGUGGAUUGGCAUUGGGCCGGGCAAGGUGGGGAGGAAUCUGGUGGGCAAGGAGGUGGGGAUGAAGGGGGCGGUGAAGGGGGGUGGAGUGUGGGCUAUUAGUGACCCGAGGGAGGUGGAGAGGGUGUUGGCGGACUUGGAUAGGACGGAGGGGGCGGAGGAGGAUUGA